AUGGGGAAGAAAAGAUCCAGAUUAUCAAAAGUUUGCGACUUUUGUAAAAAAAGAAAGGUCAAAUGUGAUUUAGGUAAUCCAUGUUCAACUUGUAUCAAGUACAAAAGAUCGCCUUGUGUUUAUAGUGAACAAGUUCAUCAACCUGAAAGAAAAUCAUCAGAUGAGUUAAACAACGUAUUCUCAACAUCAAAUAGAUCAUCCGCUUCCUCAGUGAAUUCAAAGGAAUUUCAUAAAGAUAACGUUCAAGAUGAAUUAUCAUUUUUAAGAGAAAAAAUUGCUACUUUAGAAAAAUCUGUUCAAUUACAACAAAAUGGAGGUUCACCAAUUUAUAGUCCAAUUGAUAUCAAUUCACCAGAAAAAUUGGAUCCUAAUAUGAUGAUUGGACAUAAUCCUGUUGAAAGUGAAUUUGAUACUUAUAAUUUCUUUGAUGGGUAUUCUCCGACCAAUGAUAAAGAACCUUUAAGAAGAAGAAAUUUUGGUCCUUUAGCUUGGAUAACUUUAUUAAAAGUUGAUAAUGGUUUAUCUACUGUUUGGAAAAACUUGAAUGAUUUAAAAGAUAAGUAUAAAUUUGAAUAUACUCAAGUAGAAAAAAAUUUCAAGGAAAAAGCAGAUGAAGAAGAAGGUGCAAAUGAUAUAAGACCUUAUAGAGAUAUGAAAUUGGAAAAGAAGGAAAAAGUUAAUUUAUCAAAAGCAGUUUGUUUAGGAUUAUCAUUUUAUGAAGGUGGUUUAGAUCAAGAAUUAGAAUUGGUUGAAAAAAUUAGAUUAGUCUUGCCAAAACAAAAGGUAAUUUGGUUAUUAUAUAAAAGAUUUUUUACCCAUUUAUAUCCUGCUUUUCCUUUUAUUGAUGAGGUUAUAUUUAAAGAACAAGUACAGAAAUUGAUUGGUUAUGAAGCUCAUUUAGAUUUUAAUGUAUCAGUUAAAGUUGAAAAAAGAUUAGAUUUUGCAAGUCUAGGAAUACUACUACUCAUGUUAAGAUUUAGCUACAUCAGUUUAUUUUCCUACGAUUCAACAAUAAAUGAAAUUAAUUUCCAAUCAAAUGAUCCAUCACCUGAAGCUCAACAGAUUAAAUAUUUACUCAAUAAUCCAGUGAACAUUGAUGUUGUCAAUAUAUCCCAACUAUGUUUGAAUCAAUUUAAUAUAAUGAGAAAUUGUAAUAUAACUUUGAUGCAAUUGGCUUUAUUAACAAGAAUGUAUCAUAAUUUAGCACCUGAAGAUGGUGAUGGGAUUGAUGGUGGUGAUGCUAGAGUUUUCAAUGCAACAUUAAUUCACAUGGCAAUGCAAUUGGGUUUACAUAGAGAACCUGACAAAUUCGAAUCAUUUAAUGAUGAAAAAAUCAAUAAUAUUGGUAGAAAAAUUUGGUAUUUAGUUUUAAUUCAUGAUUUUAAUGAUGCUUUAUCUAAUGGUAAUUUAAUUUCAGUUGCUCCUGAUUCAUUUGAUACAAAAACUCCAUUUUAUAAACCAGGUAAUGAAAAUGUUAUUGAUGUUGAAAUGGAAAAGAUUACAUGUGCUUGUUAUCCAAACUUUGAAACAGCUUAUGAACCAUUAUAUGAUUUAUUUAAUACCAUGUUUAAAGUUAGAACACCUUUUAAUAUGAAAGAUUUAGCUACAAGAUUAGAACAAUUGGAAGUACAUUUUAGUUCUAAAUAUCAAGGUCUAACAUUGAAUUAUGAUUUUAAUCUAAACCAAAAGGAAAUUAUACCAAAUACUGUGAAAUUGAAAAUUUACUUUUCUGCAAACUACUGGCUAGCUAGCAUUUAUUUACAUAUUUUCAAUUAUUAUGAAAGGAAAAAGAAUUAUAAACUUGCUUAUUAUUAUUUGAAAAAGAUAUUUUUGGUUGUAAUUUAUGAAGUUAUGCCAUUCUUUUGUGAAUGUAUUUCACAUAAAAAGAAUAUUUUUAAAAAUUCCAUUGAUUUAAUUGCAACUCCUAAAUUUUGUUCAGUUGCUCAUACAUCUUUAUUAGUUAUAACGGGUUUAUAUCUAAGAUUAAGACAUACAAUUGAAAAAUUAUCAUUAAAAUUUAAUCAUACAGCAAGAUUACAGGACUCACAAUAUCGUUUACAUUUUGAAAGAUUGACCAGCUGUUGUGAAUUAUUGAAUAAAUCAAGAGAUAUAUUUAGAGAUGGAGUUGCAAGAUUAUCACAUAGAUAUUAUUAUGCAUGGAGAAUUACAAAAGCUCAAAAUUUUUUAACUUCAGUUUUGGAUGAUUCAUAUUUUAGGACUAGUUUUAAACCUGACGUUGAAUUAGAUUAUUUUACAACUGAUAUGUUGAAAGAAAUUGAAUUUAUAAUUGAAUCAUCACUAAAUAAAAUUAAACAUUCAAAAAAGCAACAAAAACCUGUAAAUCUUUUUGAAUCAUCAAGUAUCAACUCAACUGGCUCAUCUAUAGUUGAUGUUAAUGAAUUUAAACCAAAUCCAGAGAUUGAUUCAAUUUGGUUACAAAUGAUGAAUCAUAAAAAUGAUAAAUUUAAUUUUGAUAAUUUUGUUUAUAAUAAUGAACCAAUGUUGAAUACUCCAAAUUAUUUAAAUGAUAUUUUAAAUAAUAAUCAUAAUCAAGAUUAUGGUAUAAUAAAUGAACCAAUAGAUGUGGGAGGAUUGUUUGAAAAUUUUCCGGUUGAUGAGUUAUUUAAAGAUUUUUCAUAA